AUGUCUUCUUAUCUUAAUACUCUGUGGUUGAACAGGAAGCCAACUUCAACAAAUUGUUAUUUUCAUCACACUCAACACCUUUGCGUAUAUUUCGCCGCUGGUCUCAUAGCUGCAUUAGCUGGCCAGGUCAUCGGGUUGAAAAUACUUGGCCAUAGCUUUGCUGCCGGACUUGAACGGCCCUCACCCUUUGGCGAUCGCGAUUGGAUAAAAGAUAACGCACUUUCUUAUCAAUAUCCAUGUGGUCAAGAUAGCAAUGCAGCAAUAAGACUAGGAUGCGUUUUCGAACUAGCCACAGGAACCUGGCAGCCUCCUGAAUGCACACACCAGCAGCAAGAGGAAAAGUUUCGCCAGAUUCGCAACUGGAAAUUUUUCGCAUAUAAAAACUCAACUUUUGAUAACAUGCAUGUUGCAAUCAAUGGCAUUCAUGACCGCAAUAACUUGUACGAGGUGGCACUUGAUCAGGUGCAGUUUCUUGGUUCAACCGUUCAGAUUUGGACAACUUGGGAAUUCCACCUGUAUCGAUGCGCGUGGCUUUGGAGAAGGGACGUGCUAGUUGCGAACGGCAAUGUCACAGGUCAUUUGGGUGGGCGACAGCAUUGUGUAGAUGAGGCUUUAAUGAAGGAGGACAGGUAUGCUCUCGAUGACGUGGUAGCUGGAUAUCGUGUGAGGUUUUUGAGCUGUUCAGCACCACCUCAAUUCAUUGUCUAG